AUGUUGGGAUAUUGCAUACGAUGGCGUUCGUUGGCAAGGGAGAGGAAGCAAAGCCAGCGUCUGGUCUAUGCCCACUACGGAAUUCCACGCGUGCGGGAGACGGCCUUCACUCCGGCACAUGAUGGAUCACCCCAUGCAGCCGGCUUCUCAGCUAGGUAG